AUGCAGUAUUUUGUCUAUUUAACCGCUUGUGUGGCUGUUGCAAGCGCAGUAGCCGUAAAUCCUUUGGCCAAUGUCCAUAGUCAAACGGCAUCACCAGAUUUCUGUCAUGACUUGGAAUGUCCUCAUUUCAGUGUGGUCCAGACAUUCUCGGGAUACCAACUACGUCACUAUGAGAAAUCCAUGUGGGUUGCUACCAACAAAACCACUAUGGAGUUUACUGACCAAGAUAAUUCUGAAAUGUUCUUCAAAUUGUUUCACUACAUCUCUGGCAACAACACCCGACAUACAAAGAUUGAAAUGACAGCGCCGGUCUUACUGAAGGUAGAACACGGACCAGGACCAACUUGUGAGAGCUUCUUUUACCAACACUUCAUGAUACCAUUUGAAUUUCAAGCCAGCCCUCCAGUUCCAACAGAUCCUAGUGUUUAUAUCACAGAAUUACCUCCCUUUGAUGUCUAUGUAAAAACGUUUGGAGGACGCCCCACAUUUGACGACAAGAUGGCCAUGAUUGAAUCUCUAGUAACUGAGAUAGGGAACCCGUCCCUUUUUGAGGAAAGAUAUUAUUAUUUCAGCGGUUACGACGGCCCCUACACAAUUCGUGACCGUCAUAAUGAGGUGUGGUUGGUAGCUCGCCAUUAG